UCUAUCUUAAAGUUUAAAAUUUAGACCUCUUACUCAAGGAAAAUUACACUGAUGGUCGCAUGGUCCUGGCAGCAUCUGGGGUUGUCCAUGAGCAGCUUUUACAAAUAGCUGAACCACUUCUUUCUGACGUGCCAUCUGGAACAUACAUGGAAGAGCCUAAAUCAUAUUAUGUUGGUGGGGAUUAUCGUCAGCAAGCUGAUUCGCCAAGCACACAUUUUGCUCUUGCUUUUGAAGUGCCUGGUGGCUGGAAGAAUGAGAAGGUAGCUAUUACUAUUACAAUGACAAUUCUUCAGAGAUACUCAUGGCAGAAGGUGGCUCAUUUUCAGGCAGUGAUCCAGGGAAACGGAUGCACCCAUGGCUGUAGCCCCGAUUUUGCGUCAAAAGCAGUGGAUGUAGCAGUGGAAGAGUUAACUCUAGUUGCAAAACAUGGAGCAGUUCCCCAGCUACAGCUUCAGCACGCCAAAGAAGCUCUGCAGUUUUGAUGAAUCUAGAGUCUGGAGUCCUCUCUCAUGCCCAACCAAUUUGAUCUACUCUAAGAUAAUGGUGAUAUAUCUCCACUUUUUUUUUUUUUUGCAUUUUCUUACUUCUGUUACAAUAUCUAGAUUGUUGUACUUGCAGACGAUUGUGGCAGAGGAUAUAGGAAGACAGAUUUUGACUCUUGGAGAGAGGGUCACCAUCUUAUGGUCUUUUUCUCACCUACCAAUUGCUUCACUUUAGUAAUCAAUUAUUAUGAUCUAUGAGGGAUUCAUCCCCCACUAUUAUUUUAAUUGACAGUUAGGUUGUUUCUCUUUUUCCUUGUUUUCCUUUCUUGGUAUUGGCCAUCACAUUUAGGUUGUCUUUGAUAGGGGACUUCAAGAUGGGUUUUGUAAGAAUAAACUGUAAAUAAAGGAGUUUCAAAUUU